AUGAUAGGACCCAAAGUUAUCUGUUUUGGACUGUUUUGUGUUCUCUUUGCCUAUCAAUUUUAUACACCCUUACCAGGCAACAUUGAAGAACGUUGGAAAGUAAUGGCCUUGAUUGCAUUUGCUAAAACUUGUACAAUUGUGGGUAAAUGUUUUGAAAAUAUAGGUAUUAUGAAAUAUGAAAAUUUUAUUUCCAUGAUACUCAAACUGGAUUAUAACCAACCACUUUCAGAUGAAUAUAUCACGGUGACUGAUACAGAGUUUAAUAACAUUCCAGUAUGUUUGUACUUGCCAAAGAGAAAGUCAGAAGCCCUAAGACGAGCUGUAAUCUAUAUUCAAGGUGGUGCGUAUUGUUUUGGAAGUUGCAGUAAGUUCAUCAUAUAAUUUAAAAAUAUAACUGGCUUUAUGUAUAGACUGGCUCCCCAACACCACUUUCCUGCUCAAUUUGAAGAUAGCCUUGCUGUAGUCAAGUUUUUUCUUCAGUAUAAAAUUCUUAGAAAAUAUGGAGUGGAUCCCACCCGAAUCUGUAUUACAGGAGACAGUUCUGGGGCAAAUUUAGCAGCAGCAGUGACUCAACAGCUGCAGAAUGAUCUUGAAAUAAAACACAAAAUCAAGGCACAAGCUUUAAUUUACCCUCACUUACAGAGUGAUUCUUAUAUGCCAUCUUACAGAGACAAUGAGUAUGGUAUCUUGCUGACAAGGAACAUGGCCAUAAAAUCUCUGGAUUUAUAUAUCCCUGAUAUUGAGACAUUUCUCCAGGCAGUGAGAAGUAACCAACAUAUGCCUCUGGAAUCAAGACAUUUGUUCAAGUUUGUUAACUGGAGUAUUCUCUUACCCAAGAAGUAUAGAAAGAACUAUGUUUAUACUGAGCCAGUUCUUGGAAGAAGUAAUUUUUCAUUGCCAGCUCUAAUGGAUAUUAGAUUGUCACCCUUAUUGGCCAAUGAUUCUCAGUUAUAGAAUUUGCCAUCAACCUAUAUUAUUACCUGUGAACAUGAUUUACUGAGAGAUGAUGGACUUAUAUAUGUUUCAAGACUUCAAAAUGUUGGAGUUCAGGUUGUUCGCGAACAUAUUGGGGAUGGAUUUCAUAGGGCUUUAUCAUUUCUUGCAUCACUCAUGUAUCUACAUCUAGGUCUCAGGAUAAGAGAUAUGUGUAUUAGUUGGCUGGAUAAUAAUUUAUAA